AUGGCAUUCUUCGGGUUCUUACGUGUGAGUGAAUUUACAGCACCAACAACUACAUCAUACGACAGCCGUCGCACCCUACUGAACUCUGAUAUCCUCGCAGGCACCGACCUUACCAUACGAAUCAAGACAUCAAAGACAGAUCCAUACAGACGGGGUUGUGACAUUGUCAUUGCCCCAUCUGGAUCAUCUGUUUGCGCAGUACAAGCAUACAAAGAAUAUCAGCAGCUACAACAGAGGUUUGACCAUCACCCAGCCUUCAUAUUCCGAAACGGUCUCUUUCUUACGCGUCAAGCCCUCAAUGACAUAACGCGUCAACUAAUCACACGCGCUGGUGUCCAAAAUGCACACCUGUACUCAACACACAGCUUUCGCAGUGGUGCAGCAACAUCCGCUGCCAAGGCCAACCUCCCUGAUUGGCUCAUCAAAACCUUAGGUAGAUGGCGAAGCGAUUCAUAUCAAAUUUACAUCACGACACCAGUGGCAGUCCUGCGGUCAGUACCUUCACGUCUUGUUAGUGCCUAA